CACGGUGGCGCGCCCCGGGCCCGCGGCCAGAGCGGCGGCGGCCAUGGCCGUGUGCGCCCGGCUGUGCGGCGUGGGGCCCGCCCGCGGCUGCCGCCGGCGCGGCGCCGCCAGGGAGCAACGCCGCGGCGCCGCCGACAGCGAGCCCGACACCGAUACGGACCCCGAGGAAGCGGGAGGCGGGGGCGUCACGGAGGACGAUGAAGCCGCAGAACGCAUUGAGGGCGGGCGGCCUCUGCCGCCUUCUAUCGAGGCCGGCCCGGCCGGGCGGGCCCCGCUGUCCUUGCUGGAGCUGCCCCCGGAGCUCCUGGUGCAGAUCUUCGGCUCCCUGCCCGGUACCGACCUGCCCAGCCUGGCCCGGGUCUGCACCACCUUCCGCCGCAUCCUCCGCACCGACACGAUCUGGCGGCGGCGCUGCCGCGAAGAAUAUGGAGUGUGUGAAAACCUGAGGAAGCUGGAGAUCACAGGAGUGUCCUGUCGAGAUGUUUACGCCAAACGUAUAAACCCCCGGGUGAAGUCGGGGCGUUUUAUGAAAAUCCUGCCCGACUACGAGCACAUGGAGUACAGAGAUGUUUACACCUGCCUGCUGCACCGCUACCGCCACAUCCUGGGCUUGUGGCAGCCGGACAUCGGGCCCUACGGGGGACUGCUCAACGUGGUGGUGGAUGGUUUGUUCAUCAUCGGCUGGAUGUACCUGCCUCCUCACGACCCUCACGUGGAUGAUCCCAUGAGAUUCAAGCCCCUCUUCAGGAUCCACCUGAUGGAGAGGAAAUGUGCCACGGUGGAGUGCAUGUAUGGCCACAAGGGACCUCAUAAUGGCCACAUCCAGAUUGUCAAGAAGGACGAGUUCUCCACCAAGUGCAACCAGACAGAUCACCACCGGAUGUCAGGGGGCAGGCAGGAGGAAUUCCGGACGUGGCUGAGGGAGGAGUGGGGUCGCACUCUGGAAGACAUUUUCCAUGAACACAUGCAGGAGCUCAUCCUGAUGAAGUUCAUCUACACCAGCCAAUAUGACAACUGCCUGACGUACCGGCGCAUCUACCUCCCCCCCAGCAGCCCCGAGGACCUCAUCCAGCCUGGCCUCUUCAAAGGCACCUACGGCAGCCACGGCCUGGAGAUUGUCAUGCUCAGCUUCCAUGGGAAGAAAGCCAAGGGCACUAAGAUCACUGGAGAUCCCAACAUCCCAGCUGGACAGCAGACUGUGGAGAUAGACCUGGCACAUCCCCUGCAGCUGCCUGACAUCGAGAACCUGCGUGACUUCAGCGAGCUGUCCCGCAUCGUGCUGGAGGUGCAGGAGCAGGUCCGGCGGGAGGAGCAGGAGCGGGAGCAGCAGCAGGAGGAGGAGGAGGAGCAUUCCCAGCAGGCUGCCUCCCAGCCUGCCAGCCCCCUGGGAGGAGAAGGUGCUGAGGGGGAAGAGACUGCAGCUGGGGCAGAGGGAACGACCCAGGACAAGGCCCCAGCUUCCCAGCCCUUCGUGCUGCCCAUGGGAGUGAUAUCGAGGAAUGAGGAUUAUCCCCGCACCUGCCGAGUCUGUUUUUACGGGACAGGCCUCAUUGCUGGCCACGGCUUCACCAGCCCCGAGAGGACGCCGGGGGUGUUCGUCCUGUUCGACGACGACCGCUUCGGCUUCAUCUGGCUGGAGCUGAAAUCCUUCAGCCUCUACAGCCGCAUCAAGGUCUCCUUCCAGAACGCCCAAGCGCCUUCCCGGGAGGCCUUUGAUGAGAUGCUCAAGAACAUUCAGUCCCUGGCUACUUGAUGGGUGUUUGUGGUGAAGGACAGGGCUCGGGGUGGCCGAGGCUGCUGCGCUCCCCAGCCAGGCUAGGGCGGGGAGUCCUCGCUCUCGGUACCUCUGGAUAGAAGCAUGCACUUUGAAUAAAGCCUUUUUACCCCAAAUGUACACACAUCCCACGUCAGACAUCCCUGACUGCCCUUUCCUCUGUGCUGCUCCACGCUGCUUCCCAGCAGUCCUUGUUUCCCAGGCUGUGCUUUGGAGAGCUGAAGGAUCCUGCAGAGGAGGGAGCAGACCUUCCUUAGUGCAAAAAAAGGGAAUGUAUUGGGACAAAACCAACUUCUGGGCAGAGCUGGGCAGAGGAACAGGCAGUGACAAAGCACAUCCUCCUCUCCUGAACCUUUCUGUGGGUGCAGCAUUGCCAGGAGAGGCUGGUGGGGUACCUGCAUCCUUGCUGAUUGCAGUGUGGGGUUUCCUCUGGAGAAUUCCCUCAGCCAGGGCAGGAUCCCCACUGCAGAUGAGUGUGUGCAGCUUUGUCCUGGCUUCUGGAGCUUGAUGGAUUUGCUGUCCCUGGAGCUCCAGGUCUGGGUGUCUCCCUGAGACCAGAGAUUAUUUUUUUUCUAGCAGGUGGAAGGUGUGGGACUGGAGAUGGGUGUAAACUGCAAAAGCUCUGAUGUGUUCAGACUGGUUUGUACCUGAAAGGUUUUCUCUUGCAGAGUGGGUCUGAAAAGGCACAGGAAGGAGCCAAAAGAAACCCAGCAGCUGUGAGAGGAGCCCAGUAGGCUCCAGCUGGGCAGCAGAAGGUGCCACAUGUCACUGGUGCUGUGUGUGACCCCUGGGCUGCCAUUCCUGUUCAGGUUGCCCUUCAGAGUCCAGAGUGACAAGGGGUUGUCCUUGUACUGUGUGGCUUGUGUCUCCUGGAGUGGUGGGUGCUGCUCCCCCACUCACAGAGCCCUUCUUUCCCUUUCUGGUUGCACUUGUUUGAUCCCAGAUGGUUUUGUGGCGGAUCUGAGCUCCGGUGGGAAUUGUGUGCUGCAGGCAAGGGAGCAGAUUCCCUUCAGGCUGUGCUCUGCAGGGAAAUCCUGGCCAGUGCUCAUCUCCAGGCUGUGGGUUGUGCUGGAAACCAUCAGCACUAACUCAGGCCUUUGUUGCAGCUGCCCUCUGGCUGUGGUGACAAACUCCAGGUCCCUUCUCUUCCCCCAGAUCAGUGUCUAACCCCUGCUGUUACAGCUCUGCAGUUUUAGGUCUGUAAAUGUGUCUGGAGCUGUGCUGGGAGGUUUCAGGCCCCUUCUGUGGAGACGUUUCAGUCCCUGCCUGGUUCCAGUGCCUGUGAGCAGCUUUUAUUCUCACUCUCACAAGGGCUUCUUGCCAUUUCUGCCUCUCCUGUGUUCCCUCAGCUGUGUGAGAAGCCAGGCUCCAGCAGAGAACACAAGCAGCAGCUCAUGUCACUCACAGGAUUAAUUCCUGUCUCUCUGGAUGGAUUUCUCCAGGCCUCUGGGAAUCUGAAGGUGCUUUAGGGCACUUUUUGCUUUGUUUCCUGCAGCUUGGAGAGGAGGGGCAAGCCUCAGUGUUGGGGGUGAGGAGCAGCUACAGGCCUGGAGAAUAAGCUGGGAAGGGCAGGGUGGUUGUGGAGGUUUUCCUGCAGAGGGAGGAACCAGCUGGGAUCUCACAGGGCUGGGAGAGAGGGAGAGGCUCCUCUCUGUGCCUUGAGUGGGCAGAGGGGGGACCUGGAGCUGGAAUUGGGCAUCUCAGCCCUGUGCUGCAGCUGCUGAGCUCUGUGCAGGGCUCCUGCCUGCUCUGCAGCCAGAGCUUCCCAGGUUGGUGCAGGUUUCUGGGGCAGCUGAAGAUGUUCAGUGCUGGGUUAAUGGUUGGAUUCGAUCUCAGAGAUCUUUUCCAAUCUGAAUGAUUCUGUGAUUGGGACUUUAUUUGGGAUCUCAGUGGCCUGUUUAUGCUGGAAUUUGCUGUUAGGCUGCUGCAGUUCUUCCUUGUGUUCUAACAGCCCAAAGGGAUGGGGAUGUCCCCUUGGGCAGCUGUUCCCAUUGCCUGCCCCUAAAACCAGCUCUUCUUCAGCUGCAUCUGUAGCUCUGCUUGCAGAUUCCUCCCCACUUCAAUAUCCCCACCAAAAAAAAAUCCUAAAAUUUUACACAACUGACUCGAUAAUUUUUGCUUUUGGCUUUUAAAUUACAAUUAAUUUUUUUUAAAAUGGAGAUUAAAAUCCAGAUUGCAUUGAUUGCCCUGCAAGUACCUGAGGCUUGAGUGCCUCUCCCAGAUACUGACCUGUCUGGAGCCUUUGUCCUUUGUCACCUGGGCGAGGUGUCACCUGUUUGCUGUUGGUUGUGCAUCUGCUCUUCUCCAGGCUGCCUGUCCCUUCUGAACCUUUCCAGUGGCAGUGCCAAGGGUCUCCUGAUGGCCAAACCUGCUUGGCUGGCUGGAGAGAAGGGCUUUGGUGGUGGCUGAUGCCCUGUGGGAAUUUUCCCAGCUCUGCCUUGCCCCUGUAGUGGCAUCUUUUUAUUUAUAACUCACCUGGCUGGCCUCAAAAUGUCAGGAUAGUUCCUGAUUAAAGGGAAAACUGCUGGUACCCCCUGGCUUCAUUCUGUCUGGAGCAAAGGAAGUGGCAAAUUUUGUAUUAAUAUUCCUCUGAUGCCUUUUCUCACCUUCUGCUGCUCCAAGCCUGGCAGGCUUUUGUGGCAUUUCAGAAGAAAAUUCCUUCUGCUUUGGUGAGGGUGAGGAAAGCUGAGGAAAGCAUGCAGUGCAGAUGGAUUUGGGAAUGCUGGGAUGCUCCUGUGCCUGUUCCUUUGUGCACGGCCCUGUCACUGCUUCCAGAGCAAGGCAGGAUAAGAUGGAGUUAAAACUCCCAGCUCUGGAACUGUUGGGAAAGGGGAGGCAGAUUCUGGAGCAGGCAGUUUGGAUGUGAUCCCCCAUUGGGAAAGGGGAGGCAGAUUUAGGAGCAGGCAGUUUGGAUGUGAUCCCCCAUUGGGAAAGGGGACACAGAUUCAGGAGCAGGCAGUUUGGAUGUGAUCCCCCAUUGGGAAAGGGGACACAGAUUCAGGAGCAGGAAGUUUGGAUGUGAUCCCCCAUUGGGAAAGGGGACACAGAUUCAGGAGCAGGCAGUUUGGAUGUGAUCCCCCAUUGGGAAAGGGGAGGCAGAUUCUGGAGCAGGCAGUUUGGAUGUGAUCCCCCAUGGUGGGGGGAUGCUCCUGCUUUCCCCGUGCUGCCUUUCCUGGUGGGAAGCUGUGCUGACAGGGCUUUGCUGUGCUUGGUACAGGCUGUACCAGCCCUGCAUUCCCCUCUGCUCGCCCAAAUCCCAGUUUUGCAGCCCUGGGGAUCUUUGUGAGAGCUGUUGACAGGGAUAAUGUGUGCUGGGGCCCUGCAGAUGGUGAUAAAUCUCUGCUGCCGACGGCUCCUCGUCCCUGUGGCUCCGCAGGAAAUCCUGGGGACAAUUGGCUGGAUUUCUUCAGCCCAGAUGGGUGGAAAGUGCUGGCGAGGAUGGAAAACAACUUGUCAGGGGUAGGAAUACUCUUGGCAGGAGCCUUUUGGAUUAAACAAAGCCUUUGCAGGGAGGUUGCAGAGCCCCAGUGGCCACUGCAAGACCUGGGGCUGAAUUCUGGCUCGGGGACAGCUUGGGGACAAGUGUCUGGUUCAUGUGCUGAGGAUGGUUCUGCUCCUCCAUCCUGCUCCCUGUCUUGUCAGAACGCAUGGAUUUGGCCAGCUGGGAAACGGGAACAUCCAAGCUCCACUUUGUUUGCCUGCUCUGAGAGCUGUGAAUGUGCUGUGCUCAGCCUGCUGGCCGUGGGGGACUCGCUGCCCUGCACAGGGAUUUGUCAGGCUGGGUUUUACCGAGGAGGGGGGAAAAGGAUGGAAUUGUUUGUGAAUUUGGGUGUCAGCUGCGCUGUGGAGUGGGGUGGGACAGCAGCCAUGGGAGGGCAGCUCCUGAGUGAGGAAACGUGUGCUGGGAAAAAGGGAAUUCCAUGCAAACGUGCCUGGAGGUGUCAGCUCCCAGGAAAAGCCCAAACCGCAGCUGGCUCCGUGUUUACUUUUCAACAAGGAUGACUUUUCCUUGCUUUUUUAAUUAAUUUAAACCUAGUGGAACUCGAUGGGAGUGUUGGGUGUCGUGUGGAAAUGGGUUGUUUAGGCUCAAGUUGCUAGUUUAGGGAAUGAUAACGUGUUAACUCUGUCUUGUAGCUGGCUGCUCACGUGGCCACCGACCCUCUGUGCUGUUCAGCCUCCAAAGGCUCCUGCUGCCCUUAGCAGUGGGACACUGAAUUAUUUGGGAUGUGCAGUGGAAGAGAGAGGUACCAGACUGUGAGUGCCACUGGCCUUUGGCCGCUUCGUGUGCUGAACUAAAAUUGUGUGGUUCUGGUUUUUGUUUGGAUUGCAAUCCUUGGAACUUUUGAGGCAAAGAGCACUUGGCUCGACUGUGUUCAUUAGCUUAAUUAAAGCAAUCUGCACUUUUGUUUUGUCAUUGAUUACUCCCCCUUCCCCCUUCCCUUGUGUAUUUUGCACUCACCACUUUAACAUGACUCUGAUGGGUUCAUCUGGGCAUUUCCUGUAGGUUUUGAGUGUGGAUAGGUCUCUAUAAAAGUAUUAAAAAUGAAGGUGAAGCAUAAAUCCCUGCUUUGUACAGAGGGCAGUGGGGGGAAGCCAUUGGACAUCCACCACCACAAAUAUCCAUGCGGAACAUGAUAAAUUGCAUUUUAACCACCUCACCUGCCCAAGGGCUGGGGGUUUGCCUGUUCUUUUCUUGGUGGCUUUGAGAGGAAUGGGAUGUAUAAAAUCAACACCUGGCCUACUUCACUGCAGGUUUUGGAAAGCUGAGCGAGCUCUGUGUGUUACUUUUACACCUGAUCAUUGUUACCCAAGGAGCCUUUUCCAGUUUCAAAUAAUAAAAAGCAAAGUUUUGUGAACUCA